GCUAGGGGGCCGCGCCUCUCAAUGUGUCCUGCGUGAGGUCCCGGAGGAGGCCACGGGGACAAAUGGCCCCGUAGUGGCAAGUGGGGAGCUUCCGGACGUUGGAUCAGAGCAGAAGCUGGCCUGGGGACGGUGCUGGGCAGACACGGCAGCUCAAGCCUGAAGCAAUGAAGUCACCAGGGAGCAGCACUCUGUCCUUCAUGCUCAUUGUGGUCUGUUCUUUCCAAGCUACACUGAACUUGACUUUAGAUGUUCCUCCUUUGGGGCUCCCCAGGCAAGCACUUACAGAAAAGGAGGAUGGGCCACUACGAGAGAGACGAGCAGUCGCCACGAGUGGCCUUGCCCCUGAGGAGUACACUGUGGACAUUGAGAUCAGUUUGGAGAACGCAUCCCUCCUAGAGCCCAUCAAAGCUUACUUGAACAACCUCACUCUUUCAGCUUUAAAGAACAGCGCAGACCCAGCCGCCCACAUUUUGAGCAUCGCACUGACCACAGUAUGCAGGCCUGCUGCGAACGAAGUGUGGUGCUCCUGUGAAGCAGGCUAUGUGUGGCCUCGGGAAAAGUGCCUCCACGAUCUUACUUGCCCAGGGCCCGGCAGCGCCCUCUCAGGACACCAUUGCAAUUGCCUUAAACAACUGCCUCCCAAGGGACCUUUUUGCCAGCUGCGUGGAGAUGUUACCCUGAGGAUGUCCGUCAGGCUCAAUGUGGACUUUCCGGAAGACCUCAAGAAUGCCUCCUCUGCCCUCUAUAGGUCCUACAAGACUGACUUGGAACUUGCAUUCUGGAAGGGUUACAGCAUUUUGUCAGGCUUCAAGUCAGCAACUGUGACAGGCUUCAGGCCUGGAAGUGUGGCUGUGGACUAUGAACUCAAGGCCACUGAACUCUCACCUGAAUCAAUACAUAAAGCCAAUGAACAAGUAAUGCAGAGCCUCAAUCAAACCUACAAGAUGGACUACAAUUCUUUUCAAGCAUUUACUACUAAUGAGACUAAGUUUUUCGUCACACCGGAAGUCAUCUUUGAAGGGGACACAGUAACUCUGUUGUGUGAAAAUGAAGUUUUAUCUUCCAACGUGUCUUGGUAUCACGUCGAAAGGCACACCGACAUCCAGAACACCAGUAAAUUCUCUGUGUACACCUUCUUGCUUAACAACAUGACUUCAGUGUCCCGUCUCGUCAUUGUCAAUGCCACGCAGCGUGACUCGGGUGAAUAUAUUUGCAAACUGACAUUCGAUAUUUUUGAAUACGAGUCCAGGAAAAAAAUAGAUGUUAACCCCGUCAGAAUUUCGACAAACGAAGACAUGAAGGUGAUGUGUGACAACAGCUCCGUGCUCUUGAAGUGCUGCAGUGAGAAGAACGGCAACUGGAGUGACAUCACAUGGAAACAGGAGGGGGAAAUACACAUUCCCGGAACCCAAGAAACAGACUGGGAGUUUGGCUGCAGCAAAUACACCGUUAAGGCCUAUGGAACCCAGUGCCCAAGUGGGCCAUCUGGAACCAAAGUUGUCUACACGUGUGAGUUCAUCAGCCUCCACGGGGCCAGAGGCAGUAAGAACAUACAAGUGACUUUCACCUCUGUGGGAGAUAAUUCGAGCCACAAAAGGGAAGUGCACGAGUUCCUAAGGCAUGUGAUGGACAUGAGUACAGUUCAGAGCACCACCGGGAACAGCCUAGAAACGAGUAAAGCCCAGGAGCGUCCAGCCAACCUAACAAUAACCCCGGACCCAAUUUCUGUUUCUGAGGGACAAAACUUUUCGAUAAGAUGCUCCAGUGAUGUGAGUUACUAUGAUGAGGUGUACUGGAACACUUCUGCUGGAAUUAAAAUAUAUAAAAGGUUUUAUACCACGUGGAGGCAUUCUGAUGGAGCAGAAUCCAUACUGACAGUCAAGACUUCCACCAGGGAAUGGAAUGGAACCUAUCACUGUAUAUUUAGGUAUAAAAAUUCAUACAGUAUUGCCACCAAGGAUGUCAUUGUUCAUCCACUGCCUCUUCAGCCGAACAUCAUGAUUGAUCCUUUGGAAGUUGCUAUUUCAUGCAAAGAUUCCUACACCUUCCAGUGCUGCAUAAAGGAGCAUGAAGACUACAAAGUGACUUUCCAGAGGGAUUCCUUUUUCUUUCCUGCUGCAAAAGAAGUUCAUGAGAAGCAAGUGUGCUACAGAUACAGCUUCCUGGCAAGCUCAAAGGCCAGGUGUCCAAAAACCAUUGAGAUGUUUUGUCACUUUAUGAAUGCUGCCAAUAAUUCGGUUCAGAGUCAACCUAUGAAGCUCAAUCUGGUUCCUGCGGAAAACAUCACAUGCCAAGAUCCCAAAAUAGGUGCUGGAGGACCUGGAAAAGUCAUCCAGAAGCUAUGCCAAUUCUCAGAUGUUCCCAGAAGCCACGGCAAUACCAUGGGUGGGAUCAUCACUUACAAAUGUGAAGGGUCCCAGUGGAGGGUGAAGAGAAAUGACUGCAUCUCAGCCUCAAUAUAUAGUCUGCUCCAUUUGGCCACGUUUUUGACCACAAGCCCGUCUCAGGAUGAGAAGCUCCCGGCAUAUCUGCGUAAUCUCUCUGCUAGCACAGGCAAGGUGGAACAAGAAAUCAGCGCAUCCCCUGGUAAUCUGGGCGCAGUUAUUAGUAUCCUUGAUUUGCUCUCAACAGUUCCAACCCAAAUGAAUUCCGAGAUGAUGACGCACGUUCUCUCUACGGUGAACGUCAUUCUCGGAACGCCUGCCAUGAGCACCUGGAAGACGUUACAGCAGCAACAGACCAACGAGAGCUCACGGCUACUGGAUUCAGUGGAGAGGUUUUCUCGAGCUUUACAGUCAGGAGAUGGCGUCAUUUUGCCCUACUGCCAAACCAAUGUGCAGAUGAGGGGCAUGGUGAUCAGAAAGGGCCACUCACAAAACUACAAGCAGAGCUUUGUCUUCUCAGACGCAGAGCUCUGGGGCAACGUGGUCAUUGAUGAGUCCCAGCUGGAAGGCCUGCAGCCAGAUGCGUCUAUUGUCACCGUGGCUUUCCCAACUCUCAAAACCAUUCUUGCUCAGGACAUCCAGGCAAACAGUUUUUCAAAGAGCUUAGUGAUGACCACCACCGUCAGCUCCCACGUCACCACGCCAUUCAGGAUUUCCAUGGCUUUUAAGAACAAUGAUCGUUCGAGUGGAGUGCCACGAUGUGUCUUCUGGAACUUCAAGCUGGCCAAUUACACAGGGGGAUGGGACAGUGACGGGUGCUAUGUUAACGAAGUAGAUGGCGACACUGUCUCCUGUACCUGUGACCACCUGACGUCCUUCUCCAUCCUCAUGUCCCCUGACUCCCCAGACCCUGGGUCUCUCCUGAAAAUCCUACUGGAUAUCAUAUCUUAUAUUGGGCUGGGCUUUUCCAUUCUGAGCUUAGCCGCCUGUCUGGUGGUGGAAGCCAUGGUGUGGAAAUCGGUGACCAAGAACCGGACUUCCUACAUGCGCCACAUCUGUAUCGUGAACAUUGCCGCCUCGCUUCUCGUGGCGGACACCUGGUUCAUCGUGGCAGCUGCCAUUCAUGACCAUCACUACCCCCUCAACGAAACCGCCUGUGUGGCCGCCACCUUCUUUAUUCACUUCUUCUACCUGAGCGUCUUCUUCUGGAUGCUGACGCUAGGCCUCAUGCUCUUCUACCGGUUGGUUUUCAUCCUGCACGACACCAGCAAGUCCAUCCAAAAGGCCAUUGCUUUCUCUCUGGGCUACGGCUGCCCCCUUGUCAUCUCAGUCAUCACCGUGGGAGCCACCCAGCCACGGGAAGUCUACACGAGGAAGAAUGCCUGUUGGCUCAACUGGGAGGACACCAAGGCCCUGCUGGCUUUCAUCAUCCCCGCGCUGAUCAUUGUGGUGGUGAACGUGACCAUCACAGCUGUGGUCAUCAGCAAGAUUCUGAGGCCUUCCAUUGGAGACAAGCCAAGUAAGCAGGAGAAGAGCAGCCUGUUUCAGAUCAGCAAGAGCAUUGGGGUCCUCACGCCACUCUUGGGGCUCACCUGGGGCUUUGGUCUCGCCACCGUGUUCCAGGGUAGCAAUGCUGUAUUCCACAUCGUGUUUACGCUCCUCAAUGCCUUCCAGGGAUUAUUCAUUUUACUGUUUGGAUGUCUCUGGGAUCAGAAGGUCCAGGAAGCUUUGCUGAAUAAGUUUUCACUGUCAAGAUGGUCUUCACAGCACUCAAAGUCAACUUCCCUCGGUUCAUCCACACCUGUAUUUUCUAUGAGUUCCCCGAUAUCAAGAAGAUUCAACAACUUGUUUGGUAAAACAGGAACAUACAACGUGUCUACCCCGGAAACGACCAGUUCUUCCAUGGAAAACUCAUCCAGUGCUUACUCCUUGCUCAACUAGGAACAGGAGAAUCCAACCCAUGUGACCUCCCGAACUCAGUGGAUGUGCUCAGAAAGAAGGGAUCCUGUCUCAGCGAGGGGUAAACGGUGCGCUCCGCAGCCCGCGGGAAGCAGCCCCUGUAAAGACUUUAUCCCCGCAGGGCGGCGAGGCUUCGUUUUGUAAAGACGACGACGAAACGCGGAUGUUUAAUGUUGCGUCCCUCCCUCUCCGUGAUGCCAAAUGUGUGUAUAGUAUUUAAGUGGAGUCGCGUUCCCCCGAGGCCCAGCUUCUCGUCUAUACUGUAGAACAGGGUUCGGAAGAGGUGUUUUCACGUUUCACACACUGAGCAUAAAGAGAAGUGUUGAUUCAUGUAAUCAGGAAAAAGGUAAUGCCUGCGAUGCUUCAAUGAAUUCUUUUUAGGGAGGGAAAAAGACAGAAGGGAGGGAGGGAGAGGGCGAGGGAAGUCAGAGAAGAGAGA